GAAAGAAGGAAAGAAAGAAGGACAAGAAGGAAAAACGAAAAGAAGAAAAAGGACAGAAAGAAGGAAAAAGAAAGAAAGAAAGAAAGAAAGAAAAAAGGAAAGAAAGAAGGAAAG